AUGUGGACCACCUGUGCACGCACGGCUCCGCUGCAUUUGACGCCCCGCGCCAGCGCCGCGAGCGUCGCGCCGCGGAGCACCCGCGCGCGGAGCACGCGCCCGAGUGGUUCGUGGGAACCCCGUCGCGCGGCGGGGUCCGUGGGCGUUGGAGUGGCGCUGACCAAAGUCAGAGGCUUGACCACCACAGCUGAAGCGCCGGCAGCGCCUGUGACAGGGACCAUCCACAAAUGGCCCAAGAGAGAGAUCAAAGGUUUGCUGCAGGAGCUGAAAAGUUCGGAACCCAUCUUGGUGAAGUAUUUGGAGUACGCCACUGAUCCAUGGGUGACGGACUAUGCUGAGCUGCGGCCUUUGAUGGAGAAUCGGAAGCAGAAGGACCUUCUCCACUGCAGAUCGGACGGCGGAACGGCCGAUCGGGCCCAUCGGGGGCGGAUCGCGGACCAGCUCGAAGCCUGGAGAACCAAGGCGAGAAGCAGAUGUGGGCUUCGAGUCCAAGGGUGUGCAGGGCCGAGGUGA